AUGUUCUUUAAUACUCUCGCUUGGGCCGCUUUAGUCUUUCUGUCGAGUUGCAGGGCUCUCAGAUAUGAUCCAGCUUUCCUCCAAUACAACCUCAAUCAGAAUAAGUCAGCAGAGAAUCCGAUAGACUACUGGGGAGAAUGGACGGACCAUCAGUAUCAUCCUUCGCCGUCGAACUGGCGCUUUCCGUUCUAUACGCUCUUUCUUGACAGAUUUGUCAAUGGCGACCCCACCAACGACAAUAUAAAUGGAACAGCAUAUGAACAUGACCUGAAUUCCAACCAGAUGCGCCAUGGAGGCGAUCUGCAGGGCCUUGUCGACACGCUGGACUACCUCCAUGGUAUGGGCGUCAAGGGAUUGUAUAUUGCCGGUUCUCCCUUCAUAAACACUCCAUGGGGCUAUGAUCAAUACUCACCGCUUGACCUCUCUGUCCUCGACCAGCAUUUCGGAACCAUCGACAUGUGGCGAGCUGCCAUACAAGAGAUCCAUGCCCGCAAUAUGUAUGUUAUCCUGGACAAUACUUUCGCUACCCUGGGGGAUCUCAUCGGAUUUGACGGUUACCUCAAUACCACGACGCCUUUUACGCUCGCAGAGCAUCAAGUGCAGUGGAAGUCAUCUCGCCAAUACCAUGACUUCCACUUUGGAAAUAGUUACAACAAGACAUGUCAAUACCCAAAAUUCUGGCUCGAGACGGGAUACCCUGUCGGCGAAGAUGUCACAAGCCAAAUGACCGGCUGCUAUGACAGCGAGUUUGACCAGUAUGGCGAUACAGAAGCCUUCGGUGUCUUCCCAGACUGGCGUCGUGAGUUGUCAAAAUUCGCAUCCGUCCAAGAUCGUCUGCGUGAAUGGCACGAGCCUGUCCGCCAGAAGCUGGAGAACUUUUAUUGUAUGAUGAUUGCGCAGCUUGACAUCGACGGUUAUCGAUAUGAUAAAGCUACACAAUCCACAGUUGACGCCAUGGGCUACAUGAACAAUGCAAUGCGGCGAUGCGCUCGACGAUUCGGAAAAGACAAUUUUUUCACCCCCGGCGAGAUUACUGGCGGAAACGUCUUCGGGUCGAUCUUCCUGGGUCGUGGGAGGCAGCCUGACAUGCUGCCCGAGAAUCUGACGAUGGCAGCCACAAUGACCAACGAUUCUGCCGACAAAUAUUUCCUGAGAGACCCCGAACAUGGUGCCCUCGAUGCUGCUGCCUUUCAUUACACAGUAUAUCGUACUCUGACACGCUUCUUGGGUAUGGACGGCAAUCUCGAGGCUGGUUACGAUGCUCCCCGAAACUUCGUGGACAUGUGGAAUACUUUUCUGCUCACGAAUGACUUUGUCAAUCCCAAUACUGGGAAAGUCGAUCCUAGGCACAUGUACGGCGUUACGAAUCAGGAUGUCUUUCGGUGGCCCGCCAUCGCCAACGGAAUUCAUCGCCAACUGUUGGGCCAUUUCAUAACCACGAUCCAUAUGCCUGGUGCUCCACUGCUGCUGUGGGGUGAAGAGCAAGCAUUCUAUGUACUGGACAACACGGCAUCAAACUACAUUUUCGGUCGACAAGCAAUGUCUUCAGCAACUGCCUGGCAAACCCAUGGUUGCUACAGUCUUGAUUCCACACAGUUCUUCAAAAUGCCGCUGAAUGCAUCGCGUCAUGGUUGUCAAGAUGAUACAGUUAGCUUUGACCACAGGGACCCGUCGCACCCCGUACGCAACAUCAUUCAUCAUAUGAAUCAACUGAGAGAACAGUUUCCCGUCCUGCAGGACGGCUUUUUCCUGCAACAAUUAUCCAAUCAGACCCAACAGAUCCAAUAUCCUGGUUCCGGCAAUGUGACCACCGAGACUGGCAUGUGGUCAGUGAUGCGCUCCGCCUUUCCUGGAAUCCAGGAUCUCAGUGGUACGGGCGCGGGCAAUCUCCCUGUCUGGCUGCUCUAUUCGAAUGCGAAUGCAUCGACCACGUAUACCUUCGAUUGCAACAACAACGAUACGGAUUUGAACACGACUAGUUUGAUUGCUCCGUACGACGCCGGCACGAUCGUCAAGAAUCUGUUUUACCCUUACGAUGAACAAACUCUUACGGACAGCGUCCAUCGCUUGGGCAUUAACGGGUCAGCGAACCCAAAUGGUUGUCUAAGCAGCCUUCAUAUGGCCGCUUAUGACUUUAGAGCUUACGUUCCGUUGGAUCAAUGGGUAGCACCGAAACCGAUGAUAACUAAAUUCGUCCCUGGCCACGACGUACGCAUCGAGUCCAAAGUCAGUGAAAAUGGCACGGAGUCCGUCAACAUUGAGCUCCAAUUCUCGGUGGAAAUGAAUUGUGAAAGCGUCACAAAUGGCAUUACCUUCAACUCCACUACUGAAUUGGGAACGACUCCAACCAUCGACCAAGGCAGUGUCCGAUGCUCCAAUCUCGAGAAUGCACAAGCUCCUCCAUAUGUCGGCGCUAUUUCAUCCACCUGGUCCUGGUCGGCCACGCUGAACAACGUGGCCAAUGGCAUGCAUGCAGUUUCAGUCCACAACGUAUCAUCCCAGGCCGGAGAACCCACGAACGCCAUUGAUCGAUUCCUGUUCCGGAUCGGGCAGAGAAACAAUCCAAUCGUAUUUACAAGAACCGCGAACUACUCGUCAAGUCUUCUCAGCAAGAGUGAGAAUGGAUCCUUGAUCAUCUCACAUGCGGCGGCUGGGGCAGACAAAUGGCGAUAUUCUACAAACUGGGGAUCGUCUUUCUCAGAAUGGAUGCCUUACGUCGGCGGGAAAACUCAGAUUGAAGAGCAGGCUUGGACUGGAACAAAGUUACAGUCUUGGAAAGGCACUCACGUCCAUGUGGAGUAUUUCAGUCGCCUAGCAGGGAGUAGCGACCACAUCCAACAGGGCGAUCUCGGCUUCAGCACACCUCGGCGGUUUCCCCAUCUUUUCUUGAACGGGCCUUAUAACCAGUACGGAUACGAUGCUGGUCUCGACAACGAAAUGAAACUCACAGGCAACUCAACUUGGGCUCAUCAUUUCAUGACCGAAUGGAGUCUGAAGGGUGCCCUAGCCCAAAUCAACGUCUGGGGUCUCAACCCCGACGGCAAACCUGACCAGACAAUUGUGAUGGGCGAUGCCGAUGGAGACUCUGUCCUCGAUCGUCUCCCACCAUCGUCACUCGCGGCAGUCGUUCUGAACAUUACUCAGCCGCCUCCAAAGCCACAUCUCGGAUGGCGGGUCGUCAUAGAUGAUGGCAGUUUGCAUUUCGAGCUCCUGCCGUCCGGUAAUAUGUGGACUCAGCUUAUCCUCUAUGUGCUCCUCUGGGUCGUCCCAAUCAUCACAGCAGCCUUUGGCGUGUGGUCAUUUAUGCAGUCUUUUUACCAAAUCAAGUUUAAUGAGAUUGGUAUAUCAGAGAAGACUGGCCUGAUCCCAACGGUCUUCAAGAGACAGUUCAAAAAGCUAGCUGAUGAGGAAGCGUCCCCGGGCAUUCUGACGAAAAUUUCCCGUAAACCAAAGUUUCUGCAACAAUCCGACACCGUCAUCGAUCAGCAGAAAAGACGCACAGUUCUGAUCGCAACAAUGGAGUACGACAUCGAAGAUUGGGGUAUCAAGAUCAAGAUUGGGGGGCUCGGUGUCAUGGCACAGCUGAUGGGUAAGAACCUAGGUCACCAAGACCUGAUCUGGGUCGUGCCCUGUGUUGGAGGCGUAGACUACCCAGAAGACAAGAGAGCGGAUCCGAUGACAGUGACAGUCCUCGGCAAGCCAUAUGAAGUCCAGAUCCAGUACCAUGUUCUGCGUAACAUCACUUACGUCCUUCUCGACGCACCUGUUUUCAGGCAGCAGACAAAGGCCGAACCUUAUCCCCCUCGAAUGGACGACCUUUCUUCGGCCAUUUACUAUUCAGCAUGGAAUCAAUGCAUUGCCCAAGCCCUCAAUCGAUUCCCUGUAGACCUUUAUCACAUCAACGACUACCAUGGCUCGGUGGCUCCACUAUACCUCCUCCCGAGAACAAUCCCCGCCUGCUUGUCCCUGCACAAUGCCGAGUUUCAGGGACUGUGGCCGAUGCGGACAAAGCAGGAACGGGAUGAGGUGUGCUCCGUCUUCAACCUAUCUUCUGAGCUUGUACAGCGGUACGUCCAGUUUGGCGAAGUAUUCAAUCUUCUUCACGCCGGGGCUUCAUAUUUGAGGGUCCAUCAGCAAGGAUUCGGAGCAGUUGGUGUGUCCAAGAAAUAUGGAAAGCGAUCAUAUGCUCGAUACCCUAUCUUCUGGGGACUAAAGAAGGUCGGGAGAUUGCCUAAUCCCGACCCAUCCGAUACGGGCGAGUGGGACAAAAAGCUUCCCAAUGAGUCCGAUAUCCAGAUCGACCCAGAAUUUGAAGCUGCACGGCCUGAACUGAAGCGUCAGGCUCAAGAAUGGGCUGGCCUGGAGCAAAACCCCGACGCCGAGCUGUUUGUUUUCGUCGGACGUUGGUCCAUGCAAAAAGGCGUCGAUCUGAUUGCAGAUGUGUUCCCGUCGAUUUUAGAGUCCAAUCCAAACGUGCAGCUCAUCACCAUCGGACCUGUCAUUGAUCUGUACGGCAAAUUCGCGGCACUGAAAUUGGAUCGAAUGAUGAAGCUCUACCCUGGUAGAGUCUUCUCCAAGCCUGUCUUUACAGCCCUUCCUCCAUUCAUCUUCUCUGGAGCUGAGUUUGCUCUGAUCCCUUCCAGAGACGAACCUUUUGGACUUGUCGCGGUUGAAUUCGGUCGUAAAGGUGCCUUGGGCGUAGGCGCCAGAGUUGGAGGUCUGGGGCAAAUGCCGGGCUGGUGGUACACUGUUGAGUCCACCACAACUGCGCAUCUACUUCAUCAGUUUAAGCAGGCCAUCCAUGAGGCCCUAAGCUCGAAGACGGAAAUUCGUGCGCUAAUGCGGGCACGAUCGGCCAAACAGAGGUUUCCAGUUGCGCAAUGGGUUGAAGACCUCGAAAUACUGCAGUCCACAGCUAUCCGUAUCCACCACAAGAUCGAAGCUACGAGGCGCCAUAGCGCUGUAGGAGAUCUUCUGGGAUCCUCUUCCUGGAACACUCCUGGAGGAUCUGGUGCAGCCACACCAGCUGGUUUCCGCACCCCAACAUUUGGCCAUUCGCGACUGUCAAGCUAUACAACCUUGCAUUCUCUCACUGCUCGUCUCAAGAAUCUGGGUCACAGUCGAGAACAGAGCCAGGAUACCACUGCUGACCGUCCAACCUCUGACCAUUCGCCGGCGGCUUCUGGCCUGUCGCGCUCAGCUUCUCUCGGGUCACGCAGAGGCCCUGGUCAUGUCGACACCCAGGAUGAACAUGAUGAAGAAGAGCCGUAUAUGCCUGCAGCCCUUCCUCCUGUUCCCGAUAUCGACGGAGACGAUACUGGGCUGGGGUCGGCUGCUCUGCAAAAUCCCAAUGAAAAUCUGGAUGAAGACGACGAAGAUAUUGGUAGCGAUCUCGAGGAUGACGAUGAGGAGGGCAUUACGAUACCUAUCGAGAACCCCGGGCAAUAUCAAAGGGUACCUGUGAAUGACGACUCCCCCUACUCUGCACGAUCAAACAAUGCCUUCCGAUCAGAUAGAAUGGUUGGACUGGAGCUAAGUCCGCCAGCGAAUAGUCCGAAGAGAAAUGUUCACUCGUCUGAGCAAGGCACGCCUAGACCAGAAUCGGGGCUUCUCAUUCCACCGCCAGUCCUCACAGACAACAAUCGCAUCUCGAGUAGCAAAUCGCUGCUCUCCAUGAACUCAAUAGUGGGAGAGAAAACCGACUUUCAACUACAAAAGGUCGAUCCUUUCUUUACGGACAGCAACGGCGAAUUUGCAAGGACUUUCGAAAAGAAACUCGAAGACCUUAAGGGGAGCAACUCCGAGUCUACAACAUGUAUUGAAGAAUUCCUGAUUAAGUCAGAGAAACAAUGGUUUGACACCUUCCGCAACGUAAAACUCGGAAGGCAUACUGCCUACUCGGGCCGCUCGAGCUUCCACACCAACCGUGAUUCUCGUCCGACUUCGGCCGCACCUUCUAUCUAUGGGGGCAACACCGAUCCUGAGUCUCAGCCCGACACCAACAAUCUUGCCGAGGAGUUUCUGCUGGGCAAGGACUACAAGCCGCCCACUGGCCUGAGGAAAUGGAUGCAAUUGCGGAUUGGAGAUUGGCCAGUAUAUGCCUUUUUCAUGGGCUUUGGGCAAAUCAUUGCAGCCAACUCCUACCAAAUCACCCUGUUGACUGGAGAGGUUGGGCAGACAGCAGACAAGCUCUACGCUGUUGCUUCCAUCUAUCUCGGCACGUCGGUAUGCUGGUGGCUCCUCUUUAGGCGGUUUCAGUCUAGACUCUGUCUAUCUUUGCCAUUCUUCUUCUACGGUCUGGCAUUCAUUCUGAUCGGGACUGCUCACUAUGGGUCUACCAUCAGCAACCGAGGAUGGAUCCAAAAUAUGGGAACGGGCAUGUACGCUGUGGCUUCGUCAUCGGGCUCCAUCUUCUUUGCUCUCAACUUUGGCGACGAGGGUGGCGCUCAGGUCAAAGCUUGGGUGUUCCGAGCUUGCGUGAUUCAAGGCACACAGCAAAUCUACGUCGUGGCGCUGUGGUACUGGGGUGCAUAUCUCAAUCGACAGACAGUCGACGCCCUCGUCACUACUUCCGAUCCCAUUUCCUCGACCUGGAAAAUCACAGUUAUCGCGCUUCCAAUUGCAUUUCUGCUUUGGUUUGUUGGCCUUCUGAUGUGGUUCGGUCUACCUAGCUACUACAGACAAGCCCCCGGCAAAAUGCCGAGCUUCUACAGGAGUUUGCUGCGUCGAAAGAUUGUUCUCUGGUUCUUCGUCACAGUACUCAUCCAGAAUUUCUUUCUCUCGGCCCCAUAUGGCCGUAACUGGUCGUUCCUCUGGAGUAGCUCGCACGCCAAGACCUGGCAAGUUCUAUUACUCGUCGUCCUAUUUUUCAUUGGCGUCUGGGCUGGCCUUCUGUGGCUUUUUGGCGUGCUUUCCAAGUCGCACAGUUGGAUACUACCCCUCUUUGCCAUUGGUCUUGGUGCACCGCGCUGGGCCCAGAUAUGGUGGGGAACUAGCAACAUAGGUCUUUAUCUUCCCUGGGCGGGCGGUUACACGGCUUCAGCGCUCGUUUCACGUGCGCUGUGGCUAUGGCUUGGUACGCUUGACGCUAUUCAAGGCGUGGGAUUGGGAAUGAUCCUCCUCGCAACACUGACGCGGGUGCACGUUGCAUUCACCCUCGUGAUGGCACAGGUACUUGGUUCAGUGGCUACUAUAAUAGCUAGAGCUGUUGCACCCAACAAAAUUGGUCCUGGACCGAUCAGCCCCGACAUCAGUGGUGGAGUGAGCAAUAUCUGGCAGGCCUGGUUCUGGAUUGGAUUGGUUGCGAAUUUGAGCAUCUGUGUCGGGUAUUUCAAGGUGAGCGAGGACUCUUGUCUCUGUCAUUGA